GACAUCAAAUAUGCUUUAGAACACGAUUAUCCCGAAAAAUUGAGAUGGAAGCUUGAAGCCCGCCGUGAAAAGGCAGAAAAACUCAAAUUUAAAAAUACCCAUUCAAAUGCUGAACCUUUACCUAGAAUUCCACGAGAGUUACAGAGUGAUCUAAUAGAGAGCGCAUCAAAUUUGGUAGAAAUAAGAAAUAGCAACGAAAUAGGCAGACACAUAGUUGCAAAGAGAAAUAUUCAAGUUGGUGAGAUUUUAGCCGUAGAGAAACCAUUUUGCCACAUUUUGAUAAAUCACUUUUAUGAUCAUUGUCACGAAUGUCUCCAGGUAAGUUAUCAUUCAGUUCCUUGUGGGAGUUGUACCCGAGUGCUCUACUGCAGUGAAGAAUGUCGGGACAAAGCACAAUAUUAUCAUAAAUACGAAUGCAGUAUCCUCAAGACUAUAAGAAAUCUGCAAUUGAAUAAACUGAAAAUGUUACCAUUAAAAAUAAGUUUGAUUGUUAAAGAUAUGUAUCAUCUAAUACAAGACCUGAAUAGGAUGGAUAUUGGGGAAAAAUAUUAUUCUAGCAGAUAUAAAGAAAUCCAUAAUCUAAUGAGCAAUACCGAAAAAAGAUCAGUGUCCGAUUUAUUCGAAAGAUCGGCAUCAACGGCGGUAAUGUACCAUCUUGUCAAGACAUAUACACACUUUUUUCAGAAGGAGGAAGAGGAAAUUAUAUUUAAAGAUAUCUUACUGCAUCAUCUGCAAACUGCACCCAGCAAUUUCCACGAAAUCUCGGAAAUUUCUGCAAACACGAACCAAAUUUACGAAUUGGAUGAAAUUGGAGCGGGUGCUUACUCUUUCUUGAGUUUAUUCAAUCAUAGCUGUUCUCCCAAUGUGGUUAGGCAUUGCCAUGGAAAUGUAAUCGUUCUACGAGCUAUUCAGACUAUCAAGAAAGGAGAACAAUGCAAUGACAAUUAUGGAUACCAUUAUGCACUUAUGAAUAAACAAGAUCGUAAGAUGAAACUUAAGGAUCAGUAUUAUUUCGAUUGUAACUGCGAAGUUUGUUUGCAUGACUGGCCAUUACUUCGGGAAUUACCUGUCAUUGAAACUGACAUCGGAAUAGAAGAUCAAGACUUUUUGUUGUUACAAAAAGGGGAUCUGGAAUGUGCCAAGAGAAUUGUGCAGAAUAUUUUGCCAAGAAUAUCUGAAUUGGAGGUUCCAAAACCUAAUCGCAACCACGCUGAAAUGCAGGAAGUAUUGAAACAAUGCUAUGCUUUGUUUGGAAACAUCCGAAGGACUUUUUAACUUCAAUUACAGAUUAUUAAAAUAUUUCAAUGAACAGAAUAAGAAGUGAAGUUGAUUUUUCUGGCAAUUGUAACUUUCAAGCAUAUGAGA